AUGAAUGGGUUCGCCAAACUCGUAGAGCCGGGUCCGCUAUUUCGACUUUACAACAUGAACACGGGGGACCUUGAGUUAUGGCCCUUGGACAACCACCCAGACUACAUUGCCGCCUCACAUACUUGGAGCGAGAAUGUGUUUUCUCCUUCUUUAGCAUUCGAGAACUGCUUUGGAGGCCAAGGUAUGCAGGCUGUGAUAACGGACCGAUAUCCUGACAUUCACCACGCGUGGUUUGAUACAAGAUGCAUAGACCAGAACGAUCCGAACGACAAGCUAGAGCAGAUCCCACUGAUGGAUCGGAUUUUUGGCAACGCAACGUGUGUUGUGAUCUUCAUAUCCCGCGAUCUGGAAAUAGACCAGUCGUCGAUAGACUGGUUAGCCGAGAGGAUCGAAGGUGCACUGGCUAUGUGCCUUGCGGAAGCGUGGGCCGAGGAAGGUGCAUAUUGGCAAAAUGGUAGUGGGCGUCGAUGGAUUACAAUGGCUAUGGAAGGUCUACUAAGACUUGCAAGCACAUCCUGGGCUACUCGAAUCUGGACGUUGCAGGAGUACGUCCUCGCGAAAGAAAUUCUGUGGAUUGGAACCGACUUGAGCCCAAUUAAGAUUGACGACUAUGCGCUGUCGGCAUUGCCGGAUAUCUGCAACACUCUGGCCAUUGAAGAAUGCCUGACACCAAAGUUCGAUGUCCUACAUGGCUAUUUCGCUGGCAUGGCAAAUGCUCGACUCAAGAACAUUGAUCAAACACGGAUCAUGGAACUGCCAGGCAACCGCAGCGCCUCGGUCGCUGUCGACGAGGUGUAUGGCGUGAUGGCCGCCGCUGGUGUAACCGUACUACCCAUGGCUGAUGAAACAAAGGGUCAAGCGUGGUCUCGCUGGUGUGCUGAAGCUAUCAACACUGGUCAUCUUCGUUGGGCUUUGCUUCCUGCCUCUUCAUGCCCACUUGUCGAUGGCGAAGUCGGAUCAUGUGCAUUUCCGAGAUUCUUGCAGCGGCAUAAGCUUUCUGGCAUAUCAAGCUUGAACCACGUAACACCAUUGGCACUUAGCGAAGCUGCUCAUGGUGUUGUCACUGCCCAUGCACGAGUUCUGGGCAGCGUUGAGAUAACCCAUCGUCUCGGUCGAGUCCACGAACCGAAGCCGGGACGCAUCCAUCGCGAUAUUACGUUAAUCAUCUUUGCAAAAGCGCGAUGGUCACUUGCGCUGACGCUGGCUUGGACUUUUGGCGGUGCUGGUCUGGGUACCCGCCAAGCCAAGGCAAUCGCGCAAGUCCUGGUGCAAAGCUAUUCUCGAGCCAUCUGGAGCAUUUCGCAAGCCGACGAGGACAACUUUCGACCCAUGGUCAGCAGCAAUUUCCAACAGCGAGUAUGGAAUGAUUUCAUGGCUAUGCAACAAUCUCAUAUGCUCGGCCUGCAAGAAGGUGUUGGCUAUGCCUGCCAUCUCGCGCGAAGGGAUAGUCCAUUUCCUGCGAUUCCAGCCGUGCUUGUGACCGGCUAUCAGCCCCCAGCAGGUUCUCUCCAGGUACUUGAUUUGAACGCCAGAACUCCAGAUGGUGGAGUAGUACUCAUGAUUGUGCAGCGCGAUGGGUCUGGCGGAGCGAAGGAUAAUUACCACAAAGUAGGGAUGACGCUGCCAUUGCCCGAAGCUGUGACACGAAUGAUAGGCAUCGUGCCUUCGCAAAAAGUGCACAUCGGCAGCUACGACUGCAGUGUUUGUUGCAGAGCUGAGAAGGCCACUGAGUGUGUGAACAUUGCAGAUAUCGAGAAUGCCGUCAAGAGCCUACGGCAGUCCACCGUCCGACUGCUCACGAGACAGCAGGAGACUUUGCGCAUCAAGCUCUUCUCAGAGCGACCACUCCUAACGAGAAAGGGGAAUCAAUCGGUGUGCACUCGAAUCAAUCACCGAAAACUCGCUGCUAUCUUCCGUCUCCGGCAAUCCAAGUUGAUGUCACACUCGCGAAGCCAAUGA